UUUGCAUUCGUUAUCUGAAAAUAUAUUCGAUACGCACAUAUGUUAUAGAGCAGAGAGUCGCUAUGAGUACGAGAAGAGGAGCUCAAGGUAGUCGUCACUGUGCCGGCAUAACACCUCAAAAAUUUUCUUGGAUGCUGCGUCAUUCGCCUGUUCUAGCAAAACAUAUGGAUGCUGACGGUUUCAUUAGCUUCGCUUUGCUAGAAGAAAGUUGUCCCGGCGUUAAUCGAAAUCGUAUGUUGGAAAUUGUAGCACAAGAUACAAAGGGACGUUAUGAAGUACGGGGCGAAGCGGUACGUGCAGUGAAUGGCCACAGUGUGCUAUUCUGUGAGAGCUAUGAUGUCAUCGAUCCACCGGAGUUUCUAUUUCAUGCAACGAAUGAUAAAGCACUGCCACUUAUUCUGAGUGAUGGAUUAAAACGCAUGGGAAGACAUUAUAUCCAUAUGUAUGAUGCACCACCCCCUAAAACGUCGGUGCGUUAUAGAAUACUACGAAUAAGGCCCCCAAAAGCGCACACGUUCUAUCGGACGAAAAACGGUUACGUUCUAUGCCGGCAGGAUAUAGCAGCGGAAUAUUUGGAAAUUUGGGACUAACAGUCCGUAAACAAGGUGAACAAUAAAAU